GUCCGAUGAUGCAGGAGAUGAUCCCGGACCGGGACGGACCGAAGAGCGACGACACGACGAGCUGUCACAUCUGUGGGUUUGAGCUCCAGGACUGUGGAUCUGGGUCUGGGUCUGGUCAUGUCGGUCCUUGUUCGCCCCCUGCUGGUGGUCUGGGUGAACCUCCUGCCGGUGGUCUGGGUGAACCCCCUGCUGCUGACAGGAGCUGAAGGCCGAGUCUACGAUAACAACAACGGCUUCCACUACCAGGACAUCAGCAACGGAGACGGAAACGGAGAGAUCUUCUUCACUGGGGUCCGUCUCCUGGUCCAGUCUGCCCAGUCCUCUGUUUCCGCCACCAGGGGCAGCAGUGUCACCCUGCCCUGUCACUACCGCUACGAACCGCAACCGGAGGCUCCUCGUCGGACCCGGGUCAAGUGGUCCUGGUUACCCACCGACGGCGUCGGGCCCGGCUCCAGGGAGAAGGAGGUGAUGGUCGCCAUGGGUAACCGUCAUCGUAGCUACGGGAGCUUCAGGGGGCGUGUCCGUCUGCGUCGCUCCGCGCCCGGCGACAUGUCACUGGUGAUCAGCGAGCUGAGGCUGAACGACACGGGCCGGUACCGCUGUGAGGUCAUCGACGGACUGGAGGACGAGAGCGUGACGGUGGAGCUGGAGCUCAGAGGUGUGGUCUUUCCUUACGUCUCUCCGUUCGGUCGGUACCUCCUGAACUUCCUGGAUGCUCAGCGCUCCUGUGAGGAGCAGGACGCCACCCUGGCCUCCUUCGAUCAGCUGUUCACGGCGUGGGAGGAGGGGCUGGACUGGUGCAACGCCGGCUGGUUGGCCGACGGCACCGUGCAGUAUCCAAUCACCGUACCCCGUGAAGGCUGCGGGGGCGUGGCCUUGGCUCCAGGCGUGCGCAGCUACGGACCGAGGCACCGCCUCCUCCACCGCUACGACGCCUUCUGCUUCACGGCCUCCAUCAAAGGUACAGUGUACUUCCUGUCCGGCUCCUCCAGACUGAACUUCACUGAAGCCGUCCAGGCCUGUGUCCACCACGGCAGUCAGAUCGCCAAAGUGGGUCAGCUGUUCGCGUCCUGGAGGCUGAUGGGUCUGGACCGCUGCGACGCCGGCUGGUUGGCCGACGGCAGCGUGCGUUAUCCCAUCACCAAGGCCCGGGCUCACUGCGGCCCCCCAGAGCCAGGGGUGCGCAGCUUCGGGUUCCCCCCUCCCUCCCAGAGAUACGGAGUCUACUGUUACCGAUAAGAGUCCGAGUCCGAGACCAGGGACCAGGGACCGGUCCAGUUCUGUUCCAUCUGUCAGUGCACUGAAGUGGUCUGAAACGGAGGCCAACGUGGACUCAGAGCUGGACACAGAUCCACCACAGACUCUGGGGGGGGUUUGUCCAAUCUUCUCUGAACCUCCUUGUCCGUCUUCUACCGCUGAGAUCCAUGUUCUCCUGUGUUCUGGAUCAUGUUCUCCUGUGUUCUGGAUCAUGUUCUCCUGUGUUUUGGAUCAUGUUCUCCUGUGUUCUGGAUCAUGUUCUCCUGUGUUCUGGAUCAUGUUCU